GAGGAAGCGGCGCUCAUGGGGAUGCAAGGAUGUAGAGGUGCAAAGGGGGAGAAGAGGCCGCGCGAAGAGAGGUGGUGUGAGACCCGCGGAGGCGCCGGCCAAGGAAGGGCGCAUGGAGAGGCGGGUGGCGCGACCGGCCGGGUGCUGGCCAUUCAGGCCCGAAAGCGGAGGCCGAAAAGAGAGAAACAUCCGAAAAAGCCGGAGCCUCAGCAGAAAGCUCCCUUAGUUCCGCCACCGCCGCCUCCACCACCGCCACCACCUCUGCCAGACCCCACGCCCCCGGAGCCAGAGGAGGAGAUCCUGGGAUCAGAUGAUGAAGAGCAGGAGGACCCCGCCGACUACUGCAAAGGUGGCUACCAUCCGGUGAAAAUUGGAGACCUCUUCAAUGGCCGCUACCAUGUCAUUAGGAAGCUAGGAUGGGGACACUUCUCAACUGUCUGGCUGUGCUGGGAUAUGCAGGGGAAAAGAUUUGUUGCAAUGAAAGUUGUAAAAAGUGCCCAGCAUUAUACAGAGACAGCCUUGGAUGAAAUAAAAUUGCUCAAAUGUGUUCGAGAAAGUGAUCCCACUGACCCAAAUAAAGACAUGGUAGUACAGUUAAUUGAUGACUUCAAGAUUUCAGGCAUGAAUGGAAUACAUGUCUGCAUGGUCUUCGAAGUGCUUGGCCACCAUCUCCUCAAGUGGAUCAUCAAGUCCAACUACCAAGGCCUCCCAGUACGUUGUGUGAAGAGUAUCAUUCGACAGGUCCUUCAGGGGUUAGAUUAUCUACACAGUAAGUGCAAGAUCAUUCAUACGGACAUAAAGCCGGAGAACAUCCUGAUGUGUGUGGAUGAUGCAUAUGUGCGAAGAAUGGCAGCUGAGGCCACCGAGUGGCAGAAAGCAGGUGCUCCUCCUCCUUCGGGGUCUGCAGUGAGUACGGCUCCACAGCAAAAACCUAUAGGAAAAAUAUCUAAGAACAAAAAGAAAAAACUGAAAAAGAAGCAGAAAAGGCAGGCUGAGUUGCUGGAAAAGCGCCUGCAGGAAAUAGAAGAAUUGGAGCGAGAAGCAGAAAGGAAAAUCAUAGAAGAAAACAUCUCAUCCGCUGUACCUUCCAAUGAACAAGACGAGGAGUACCGCCCAGAGGGGAAGCUCAAAACUGCUGGCUUAGAGGACGCAGCCGAGGGCGAGCCUGUGAAUGACAAGGGUGAGGCUGAGGACCAGGAAGAGAAAGAAGACACUGAGAAAGAAAACACUGAGAAAGAUGGAGAUGAUGUGGAACCAGAACUGACGAGCACAGACCCUGCGUGGAUAGAGUCCCCCAGAACCAACGGCCAUAUUGAGAAUGGCCCGUUCUUACUGGAGCAGCAGCUGGAUGAUGAAGAUGACGAUGAAGAAGAUUGUCCCAAUCCUGAGGAAUAUAACCUUGAUGAGCCAAAUGCAGAAAGUGAUUACACAUAUAGCAGCUCCUAUGAACAAUUCAAUGGUGAAUUGCCAAAUGGACGACAUAAAAUUCCCGAGUCACAGUUUCCAGAGUUUUCCACAUCCUUGUUCUCUGGGCCCCUAGAACCUGUGGCUUGUGGUUCUGCACUUUCCGAGGGAUCCCCGCUUACCGAGCCUGAGGAAAGCAGUCCAUCCCAUGACAGAAGCCGGACGGUUUCAGCCUCCAGCACUGGAGAUUUGCCAAAAACAAAAACCCGGGCGGCCGACUUGUUGGUGAACCCCCUGGAUCCACGGAACGCAGAUAAAAUUAGAGUUAAAAUUGCCGACCUGGGAAAUGCUUGUUGGGUGCAUAAACACUUCACAGAAGACAUCCAGACGCGUCAGUAUAGAUCCAUAGAGGUUUUAAUAGGGGCAGGUUACAGCACACCUGCUGACAUUUGGAGCACAGCAUGCAUGGCAUUUGAGCUGGCAACGGGAGAUUAUUUGUUUGAACCGCAUUCUGGGGAAGACUAUUCCAGGGAUGAAGACCACAUAGCCCACAUCAUAGAGCUGCUAGGCAGUAUCCCAAGGCACUUUGCUCUAUCUGGAAAAUAUUCUCGGGAAUUCUUCAAUCGCAGAGCAUAAUCCUCUCCCAAAAGGAGAAAUUGUGCAUUCACGUUUGGGCAGUGGAGAAAGACCUGGACCUUGUUACAGCUGGGGGAUUCUGCUGAAGAAAGCUCUCGAGAAAUAAGCUUGAACCAUCUCCCAUCUGUGGAGUACGGAUUUUGUAAGAGUACCACUUCCCGGAACCCUCGGUCUCCUCCCCGCCCUCUCCUCUCCUAAUCUAAGCCCAGUCUGUGUAUUCACAGAUUUGUGAAAAGGAGUUUAAGUGGUUUUUAGAAACCAGCUAGACUUCUCUUUCCAUUUCUCAUGUUGUUCGUGGAGCCUGAAUGUUUUUGCCGUGGAGUAGAGGCAGCCUGGGGACAGGACUUUGUGAGCGUCCCUCUGUGUCCUGCUGGGUAUGUCUGAGCUCCUUAUGACGUGGGCGCGGGCUGCUGAGACCCUGUGCCCCCUGCUCUGAGAAAUGACGUUCUCUUCUCCCCUGCACUAUUCACAUUGUGUUAAUAGCUGAUUUACUUUAGUAAAAAGGCGCCAGGAAUUUAUUUUUAAAGAACCCCUUCCCGGCGCCAUAUUGUUUUGUGUGAGCAUGUUGGACCUCUUAAUUAUGUUUUUCCAGCUUGAAUUUUUUUUGGCAGUGAGAGGGAGCAGUUGCACCCCCUUUAAUAAAGAACUUUUAAAGUUGGUUUGAGUAGGAUGUCGAGUUUCUAGAAAUCUCUGAAAGUCCAACAUGCUCUAUCGCUUUCUGCUUUAGUCAGAUUUGGAGAACUGGCCUUGACUUUUUAUUUUCCUAUGAGAUAAGGUAUUCUUCUAGAGUCAUAAAUCCUUAUUAUACCCUUUGGUGAUGUCCAGCCACCCAGUCCUUGUUCCCUCCUUUAAAUUACGCAUCCCUGUUAAAUGCGCAAGACUCGAGAACGUGCUGUGCCGAAGCCAGCAGUUUCCUGUUCCACUUACUCUGAGCACAGCGACCACUGCUCCCGGCUUUCCUAGGACCACCCCAUGGGCAACCUCUGAAAUGUGUAGCUAGAUGCAGUUAUUUUCUUACUACCUUUUAGAGGCUUAUCACAGGGAAAAAAGAUGGUCAGGAAAAACUGCUCUUCAGACAACCUGUGUCGAUUUUGGUUCUGAAGACCCACCUGGACUUUGAGUCUGGGUCUCAUGAGCAAGGUUAUGGUUCCCCUCACACGUGGGCCCAAGUAGGCUUGAGGCUAAUAGAAUGGCUUUGCCACUGAGUUCUGUUCUGUGACAGCAUGGUGUGAGGCUGGGCACGUCCUGUCAUGUCAUCUCUGCACCUUCCAUUUCCUACGCAGCACGUGGCACCCUAGUAGCUCAUGUCACGUUUGCUGAGGCAGAGUUGUAAACAGGAAAGGAACUGCUCUAAACACGACGGACUUCUAGACGGCAGCAUUGCUGAGAGAGCGGGCUAAGUUUCCGUAGGAAACUUCUUAAAAAUGGUUGAAGGGCUGAAGCAAGGGAAGGCUCUGGAUUACUGUGGCUUGGGAUUCAGCGUGACUUGAGGAACUCUGUUUUAAUCAAGGCAGAGCCCUUCUUCCACAUUUCAGAGUGUUUUCACAGCCUGUGAGAGACGGCCUGGCCCCUGGGAGGACUUGGCUGGACUUGCAGUGAACCCCCCAGCCGCAGCCAUCACCACUGUCAGGUGGAGGCUUGGAGGGGAGGGUGGCCAAGAGCUAGCAGCCUAGUCUGUCAUGAAGUAGGGGACAUGGCUGACCUGCUGAUGCUCUAGGGAGGGGACGGGCACUGGAGGGCGCUGGACCUUACUCAGCACCUGCUCUGUCAGCCAAACAGAGAAUCCGCCACAGGCCGACGGACAGGUUCCGGCAUCAGGCACAGAGGACCAGCAGCCAGUAAAGCCACACGGAGUUUUUCCUCUGCAGCGAGGAGCUUCUCAGAAGGCCUGGGUUCUGCAGUUUUCCCGGCGCAGCGUCUGUGGGUUGGGAACCGCUUACUAUCUAUGCACAGCGGGGAGGAAGAGGGACACACACUGCAGGAGGGGACCCGAAUGCUGAGGAGGUGAAGUCCUGCUUGUCCAGUGGCCUGGGAUCAGGUUUGUUCCCAGAGGCAGUGCUCUGAGGCUCUUGGCGCCAGUUGGGCGUGGCUCCCAGGGAUGGCACCUGCUGGGUACCAGCCCCGAAGCCCCUCCUCACCCCAUCGGCAGGUGCUGUCUUUGAGCGGGGCGGGGCGGGGGGGGGAGGGGUGGGCUGACCAGCGAUGCUGGUGAACUGAUGUCGCAUAGCAGGUGGCUCUGCUCAGAGCUCCCUGCGCGUAGCCCUUCAGGCCGGAAGGCGGCGUUCCUGUCAGCCUUCCUGUCAGCAGCCCUGCUCCUGGGGCCACUCGGAGUCUGUGCGUGACCACUGCCUGCUCCCCGACGGGGGUAUGGAGUGCUUACCUGGGACUGUGCUGCCGCAGCGUCCCGUUAUUACUGCACAUGCGCUUUAGGGCCUGCAUGCACGGGCUCCGCCAGGGAGCUUGUUGGAAGGUGACCAGGGUCGAAAUACAUUUGGCCUCCUUAGUAAAGACAGACCAGACGCAUUGUGAUUCAGUGUUACUGUGGUAACUAGGGUCCUUUCCCCUUCAUUUGGAUAUGAGGGAGAAUUUUUGACUAGGCAAGUGAUUGGGAAUUGGGACCCAAGUCCUUUCCUGAUCAUUGUUUAUUUAUAAUAAGUGGAGAUCAGAAGGGAUUUAGGGCUUUUACAGAAGUCACAGAAAUAAUAUUUUGAUGAAUGAGGGUGUGUCAUGAAAAUAGAUUUUACCAUGUCCCCCAGGAUGAGAGGAAUGAUUUGUUACAUAAAAGAUGGGUUUUGGCAUGCCCCCCCUAAGGAAUGUGUGCGGAUAUACAGUUUGGAAGUAAGGAGAUCUUAAAUGUAUCUGUUAACAUUUUUUAAGUGCCUGCAUGCCAGAACUGACAAAGAGAAAAGCAAAAUCAGAAGCUGUUAUUAAUUUGCUUGCAUCCCCUUGGAAAAUAGCCAACGAUUGAGAGGGAGUGAGCAGCACCCUACCCUGCUCUUUGUCCUCCUGCGGGAGACGCAGGCCACAUCUUCACCCUGAUGCCUGUGAGGAAGAGCAUGGGGUCUGUGUGUUAAAGCUAAAAACCAAGCGCAGCUAAGUGACCUCUUCUUAACGUACAACUCUGGGUAAAAUGAUUGUUACUAGUCUGAACAGUCAUUCCUUAGCUGGGAAUUUUCCACGCGAGCUGGGUGUUUUGGCAAAGGAAGGUAGUUACUGUUCUCAUCCUGUUACAGUUUGAUAACCAGCAGGUUAACUCCUCUGGGUGUGGACAUUAGCCACCAAAUGUCUUUCACAAAAAUCCUCUUCACCAGUGUAUGAAGAUGUGCCCCACUAGAAGUAAGCACCUCUGUGCAUUCUGCCCCUGCUUCUGUCCUGUUAGGGUCUGAGGUGUGUGUGUCCCCCGCCCCCCCCCCCAAAUUCAUGUGUGGGAAUCCUAACCCCCAAAAGUGUUAGUAUUAGGAGGUGGGGGCCUUUGGCGAGGACAUAAGGCCAUGAGGGUAGAGCCCUCCUGGUUGGGAUUAGUGCCCUUACAGAACAGAUCCCAGACCACUCCCUUACCCCAUGCAGAGGACACGAGAGGGUCUGUGACCCGGAAGGGGGCCCUCGUUGGGACCCAGCCCUGCUGGCAGCCGGAUCUCAGACUGCCAGCCUCCACGACUGUGGGGAAUAAAUUCAUUCUUAUUUAUAAGCCACUCAUUUUGGUUGUAUUUUGUGAUAGCAACCGGGAUGGAGUGCAACUUGUCCCCAGGAAGUGUCCCAGUGCUUGUCAGGUGAUGUAGCAAAAACAGUGCAGGCAGGAGUGCACCGUCCCACACUGCUGAACAGACGUUCUGUCGACACAUGAGUGGCCAUCGUUUUAGUAAAACAUACUGUUGGAAAUAUCAGAGUAGUUAAUUUAAAAAAAAAAAAAACGGUUUGAUUCUAGGGAAGGGCAUCACGUGGGCUGGAACGUGUGAGAGUGAUCUGUUGUGUGUUGGACCAGAGACCUUAAGUGCAGUUCAAAGCAUGCAAGAAGCCUGUGCAGACAGGGCACCCGGGUGGCUCAGUCAGUGAAGCAUCCAACUUCAGGUUUCAGCUCAGGUCACGGUCUCACAGUUUGUGGGAUCGAGCCCCACACUGAUGAGCCUACUUGGGUUUCUCUCCUUCUCUCUGCCCCUCCCCUGCUCAUGCUCUCUCUCUCUCUC